AUGCUAGAUGAGGGUAGGUAAUGUUAUCCUUGUUAUCCCACAGCUUAUGUUAUCCAUCAGAUGACUUGAGAUUGUGUGGUCACUUCCUUGAAACGUGGCUUUUGUUUUCCCUCUUAUUAUAUUGAAGUUGUUUGGUUACAAGUCUACGGAGUUGGUUUCGUCGCUACAAUCGGCUGAAGUUAGCUUUGAAAUGUUUAAGUUAAAGUGUUGAACUUGGUAGACUGUUGUAGAACUGAGUCAUGUCUGGUGGAUUCAUAACACAUUGUUCGGUUUAGAACAGUGUCAUAUAUGUACCUUGAGUCACUAAUUCUUAUAUGUAAAUCUAGCCACUGGAAUGUUUAGCCAUCACACUUUAAUUACAACAUUCAUUUAUAUAUUUAUACAUAUAUAUAUAUUAUAUAUAAAUAUAUACGUUUGUUUAUAUAAAGUAAUAUAUUUCUGAUAUCUGUACUUCGGACACUUGAGUCUAAUAAAUAUUAUUUUCAAACCAAAGUAACCCCUAUGGUAUUUUAGAAAGAUACGUUUUGUACUCUCAACCAAUGGGUCUCGACCUGACCCCUGAGCCCCACAAGUUUGUCCUAGUCUUGGCAUACUUGGCUCUGGCCGGCUUCUCUAACUGGUGGGCAUUAGCAUUUAUCCAUGACUUCGUCGGACGGUAAGGGCUUUGUAUCUUGUAGUAUUCUGGUUAUAGAGAGCCGUUACCCGACUUGAUAAUGUCAUUCAUUCCUGAGCAGAGUUGGGCACAUCGGAUAGGAGAUAUCAUGGUAUUCCUAUGCUCAGCUACCAUGAUAUCAGUCAUGGUAUUACAUAAACAACGGGUCAUUGUAGCCCGGAGGAUAUUCUUUAUAUUAGGGUGUUUGUACUGGAUGAGGACGUUUUCCAUGAUGGCUACACAACUACCCUCAGCCUACGCUGAUAAUCAGGAAAAGUGCAGGGCGCAGCUAGGGCCUUCAGAAAGAACGUUCUCUGUCUACUGGAAACGGUUUCUCGAGCAAACUAUUCAUAUCGGGUUUCAGGUGGGAACUCAAUCUUUUAUAAAUGUUACAGUAUGCUAAAAUUGUUAUAAAAUUUUAAAACUGUUGAAUAGUACAAUUUUUACAAAAAUGUCAUACUUUAGGACAUAGAGGAGAAGAUGUUAUGUGGAGACCUCCUCUUCUCCGGCCAUACUUUAGUAAUGGUGAUUAGCUACUUAACCGUCGAGUAUUACCUUCCACGACGAUGGAAGCUUGUCAGUAUAUUGCCUAGAAUCUUCAUGUACACUGGUAUGAUAUGUAUGGUAUUAAGCCGAACUCAUUAUACGAUCGACGUAUUAUUUGCUUACUGGCUGUCUAUUGGUAUCUUUUCGUAAGUUUGUUUACUUUACUCUGCUUUAUGAUGAUCACGUUGAAUCAACACUGUAAAUGUUUCCGCUAGAUAGGUAUCUGUUUAGAUGUAAUUGAAGCUUUAAAAACAUAUUUUACACAUUAAAACCUUAUUGAGUGACUUAGCUAUAUACAUAGAUAUGUCACAAACAUAAACAUAUAAAUAGAGAUAUGUACAAUUGUUGUAUAAAUGUAAACAUGUUCAGGAUGUAUCACGUCUUCUGUGAAGUCGAUACCUACCGUGACCGCAAAAACUCAAUACUUCAGAAUUUUAUUGUGAUAAAAGCUGUCAGUUGGCUAGAAGCAAACAUUAUUCCAGGCCGGUAAGUGACAGUUCUGUUGAUGUAGUGAAACCGCGUUACUAUAGUGUACAUGUUGUACUAAAGUGAAUUAUAUGUAAAAAUCAGCAUCAAAAAAGACACUUUUGUACGCAGAAUAAUAUUAGUAAAGUUGACAACUUUUGGUUACUUUUGAAGGAAACAAAAGAUAUACAAAACCUGUUACUGUUGAAAUGGUAACUACUAUAGUUAUGGUACUUUGAUCAAACACCAUGAUCAAUUUCGCAAGAUAUAUAAUACAAAGGAAAAAAGAAGUCAUAUUUUCACUUUCUGAAUAUUUUUGCACUAUCACAAAAGCUCUAAAAUUAAAAAGCAUUUAAAAAUUGUUAAUUUUAUUUUUUAGGUCAGAUUUUUUGCGGUAUAUGUGAACAAGGUUACAUCCUUUUUUAAUGAUCUUGUAGUAGCAAUAAAUACUUUUAAUUUACGACUGUUACAAUGACAUACUUUAUGGCUAGGUUUAUAUCGUCUCUGGGUAGUUACCCAAUAGUAUUUCAGACCACAUACUAUAUUUCAAAGCCUAUACUUAAUAUAAACUUAAUUUCCAACAUAUUUUUACUACUUUUAUGAUCUUAUUUGUUGAUUUAAAUGUUUCAUUUCAGACUCAACAACGAACUGGAGUUGCCGUUCUGGGAGUGUGUAAAGGAAAAGUGGCAUUCUCGCCGGACACAUCAAUCUCACGCUACUGUGGUCGCUGUAUGUGACGUUUGACAUGUUUUCUCUGUCGUCUCUUUUCUUUCUGCCAUAGUUCUUUUGAUGUCAUUACUUCAAUCUUUCAUGUAACUGUUUCUUUACUGAUAUUACAGUAUCUUACUGUACUUUUUCAGAGCGAAUCCUCUUCGGGUAACACCAUCCAAGAAGCGUAA